AGCUCCUAGGCCGGCAAUUUCGCAGACGCCGAAGUGUUGUCAAAUUUGACAGCCAGCGUUGGGUUCUUUUCCUUCGUGGUUUUCGACUGACAAGAUGGCUCCAACUGCCAAGACCAACAAGGGUGAUACUAAGGCCGCUGCUGCUAAGCCGGCUGAGAAGAAGGCCGCUCCUGCCGCCGCUAAGGGCAAGGUGGAGAAGCCCAAGGCUGAGGCUGCCAAGCCCGCCGCCGCUGCUGCCAAGAACGUGAAGAAGGCACCAGAGGCCGCUAAGGAUGUGAAGGCUGCUGCUGCCGCCGCCGCCAAGCCCGCGGCUGCUAAGGCUGCUGCUGCUGCCAAGGCAGCUCCCGCUAAGGAGGCCGCCAAGAAGGCACCCGCGGCGGCUGCUGCUGCUGCCAAGAAGGCUGCUCCAGCCAAGGCUGCUGCUCCCGCUCCAGCGAAGACUGCUCCCGUUAAGAAGGCAGCCUCCACUGCCGCGGCUGCUCCCCCAGCCAAGAAGGCCGCCCCUGCCAAGGCUGCUGCUCCAGUAGCCGCCGCUGCUGCUGCUGCUGUGCCAGCUGCCGCUGCCGCUCCGGUUGCUGCCAAGCCUGCUGCCCCCAAGCCCAAGGCAAAGGCAGCACCGGCACCCAGCAAGGUGACGAAGAAGAAUGUGCUCCGCGGCAAGGGUCAGAAGAAGAAGAAGGUCUCCCUGCGCUUCACCAUCGACUGCACCAACAUCGCUGAGGAUAGCAUCAUGGAUGUUGCCGACUUCGAGAAAUACGUUAAGGCUCGCCUAAAGGUCAACGGUAAGGUUAACAAUCUUGGCAACAAUGUCACCUUUGAGCGCUCCAAGUUGAAGCUGCACGUCAGCUCCGAUGUGCACUUCUCCAAGGCCUACCUCAAGUACCUGACCAAGCGGUACUUGAAGAAGAACAGCCUGCGCGACUGGAUCCGCGUUGUGGCCAACGAGAAGGACUCGUACGAGCUGCGCUACUUCAGAAUCAGCUCCAACGAUGACGAGGACGACGAUGCGGAGUAAAGAUGAUACAAAGACAGCAAUAACAAAAGGAUUUACAAUGGCAUUGUAUGGCUGAUUCGUUUUUAUUAAAUAUCACGUUACGGUCGUGUUUUUAUAAGCAAACAACAACAAAUUGUAAACUAAUUGAAAAUCCAUUUUUUGGGUCUACCACAAAAUAAAAAAACUGUGUAAACCUGA